AUGCUAACCGUGAAGGAUCUGCAGAAAGUCCAGCGUGGACCCUGGCUGUUCACACUUCUAGAUGGGAAGGCGCUCGAAGCUUGCGAGCACCUGAAACUGGAAGACAUUGCCAAGGAGGAUGGCGACACUGCCAUUUGGAAACUGCUGAAAGCUCGAUUCCCGGAGAAGGAGCUGCAUGACCAGCUGGGCGAGGUGUUGGGAGAAGUCUUUGGCUUGGCGGCCAAAGACGGGGAGUCCAUGAAAGAGUGGACGGCUCGAGUCUUGGAGACCUUUGAGCGGUGCAGGCGUAAAGCCUCCGUGGACUUUCCAACCGAAGCUAGAGGUUGGAUUAUGUUGCAUUGCGCCGGCUUCACUGAGGAACAGAAAGCCAUCGUCAAGGCUAAGACUCAAGGCAGCCUUGACAUGGAAACUGUCAGUGCUGGCAUCCGCUCGUGUUUCCCGACAUACAAGGCGUCCAACCACAAGGUCAAGAAGCCAACGACGGUCCUCUUAGCGGACGAGAUGCCUGAGGAAGAGGCUCCUCCUUCAGAGACUGCCUUCGAUGAUGUGGAGGCAUUCUUGGCAGAUCAUCAUCUGGAAAUGGACGGUGCUGAGGACCCUCUUUCCGAGACGGAAGCUGCGGAAGCCCUCGCAGUAUCGUGGAAGGAGCGCAGAGCUGAGAUCAACAGGCUCAACAAAAGCCGUCAGUUUGGCGCCGCCGACAACUCGAAGCGCAGCUUCAGGAUCGAGGUUGAGGAGCUUAAGCGCCGAACUCGACGCAGAAAAUGCGGCCGUUUAGGCCAUUGGGCACGAGAGUGCCGGGCGAAAACGAAUGCUGCAGGCCAGCCGCUUGCUUCGCGCUCAAGCGGAGGAACCAGCAGCGGAGGCAGCAGCAACAAGCCACAGAACAACGAGACGCUCUACGUGGAGACUGCGACCGACGACGCCUCGGAGGGCACCCAGGACCCGGUGUUCUUCGUUGGUGCAGCCGAAGAGGUGAUGGCUACUUCUUUGGUGAGCUCCCCUGGCAAGGGCGUUAUCGACUCAGGUUGUGGCAAGACCCUCAUUGGAGAGGAAACGUUGGCACAGAUGGAGACCUUGUUGCAGGGCUGCAAGGUGAUCAGAUCAGCCCAGCGAAAUAGUUUUCGUUUUGGCAAUGGUGCCACGGAGGAUUCGAGCAUGAUGGCACGCAUUCCGGUUGCGAUUGGAGGCAAGACUGGGGUGAUUGAUGCGGCAAUCAUCCGAGGCCGAGCUCCGUUGUUGCUUGGUCGUCCCACUCUUGAAAGAUUGGACGUGGUGCUCAACUUCAGAGAGGGCACGAUCACAAUGCUUGGCGAGGGCAACCCUGUGAAGCUCACCCGAAAUGAUGCCGGACAGUUCCUUGUCGACCUUGUGCAGUUUCCGGUGUCUCGACAGGAAGUGUUGCGCAUGCCUGAAGCCCUGAUUGCCGAAGUUCCCGACAUAGAAGACGGUGCCUCAGCCUUUGCCGUGGCAGAGCUGUUCUCGCCUCCACGCUUCCGUUUGGAGGCCAGUGAAGCUGUGAGCCUUCAAGGCUAUGAGUGCCUGCCUGGGGCGGAGGAAGCUAGUGGCAGCCAAGCCGUCGCUGAGCCAAUGGAAGUAGGUGACCUAAUCCGUCAGAUGUAUCGCCAGUACUGGCUCAGCUGGGUGGUGCUGGACCCUUCCCAGCCGAACUUGAGUGAAGCGCUGUGUCAAGCAUGUGAGAAUGAGGGCUCCAAAGUCUCUCAUACCGCCGCUGACGCACAUUGGCAACUAGGAAAGGUUGAGAGGCACGGAGCACUCUUUGCCACAGUGUUUCAGAAGGUUUUGGCGGAGGUCAGCCCGCAAGAUGAAGAGGCAUGGAAGGAGUGUGUCACACAAGCACUCGCAGCUAAAAACUCCAUGCUCAACAAUGGAGGCGUUUCUCCAUGCCAAUUUGUCUUCGGUACAAAUCCUAGGAUUCCCACAGACUUGUUGGUUGACAGUCCUGAUGUUAUCGCUAACGAAGCCGUAGCUACAGAGCCUGCAGUGGAAAGUCAGAACCGCAUUCGCCUUGCAGCUAGACAAGCAGUGAUUGCCAGUCAGGACAGCAAGUCACUCAGGGAAGCGCUGCGAGCCCGUCCAAGGCUUCGCCGUGACUUUGAGUCAGGGCAGUGGGAACAACCUCCUUCUUCUGCAGUGGAUGACGAGACCCGGGACCUGUUAGGCAUGAGGCAGCUCCUUGACAAAGGCAAGUUUCCUCAGAACCAGCUUAUCGACAUCACUCAACAGGAGUUUCCCCCAACUCAACAGGAGUUUCCCCCAACUCCAGAAGAGAUUCAAUCUCCUCUUCCACAGCCUGUUCCUCUGCCACUGGGCUCUCAGCCGUCCAAUUCGGCUGGUCAGACAGCCGCCGAACUUUUGAGCCAGCAGCCUGCUUCAGACCAGCAGACGCCUUACGAGGAUCUUUCAGAGAUGCUGAGCGAAGUUGCUGCGCGCAUCGUGCCUGAACGCUCGGCUGAGAGUAGCAGCGCCGCGCGAUCAAGUAGCCCUGGCCCAGAGGAUUUUCGGGAUAGUUACCCUCAAGCCUCCGAAAUCGAUGUCUUCCUUGCCGGAUUUCUACAGAAGCGUCUUCAGAAAGAGCUUCCCGCUGAGAACAAUCCCCCUGCUCUUCAAGAGGCCGUUGAAGAAGCUAAAGGGGCAGAGUGGUGCACCAUGCUGUCCAAGCCUGCUGUGAAGGUCUGGUCAGGCGCACACGCAGAUAGAAUUCGGCGUGAUCACCAGGAUCGCUUCAUUGGGAGCCGUUUUGUGGUUACUCAAAAAGAAGAAGAAGAGAGCACGCGCCUCAAAGCGCGGUGGUGUUUACAAGGGCACCUCGACCCUGAUUUUGAGUCCAAGGUCCAGUCCGGCGACAUAAAAGGAGCGUUUUUAGAAGCUGGUCCUCUCAAGCCUCAGUUUCGCCCACUCUAUGCUCAUCAACCCCCUGGGGGGAUUCCGGGUUUGCAUCCUGAUGAUGUCAUAGAAAUUACUGGCAACGCUUAUGGCCUGAAUGACGCUCCGUUCGCUUGGUGGGAAGCCUUUGAUGCUGAGGCCCGGUCUUUGGGUUUUCAACGAUCCCAGUUUGAUCCAUGUGUCUAUUACUUCAGGGACCAGGGGGUGUUAGCUGGUGUUCUGGGGGCUCACGUUGACGACUCCCUGACAGGCGGGGAGGGCCAAGCUUACGUAGCAGCCAUCACUAAGUUGAAGGCUCGCUUUCCGUACAGAAAGUGGAGGGUUGGUGCUGGUGAGUUUUGCGGAGUUAUGUACCAUCAGGACCCAGUCACGUUUGAAAUUUCCUACAAUCAGCGUGAGUAUGCUCAGCACUUGCGACCCGUGCCACUUUCCAAAGAGCGUGCUAAGCAACGAGAUCUCCCGGCUACUGCUAGAGAGAUUUCAGCACUUCGCGGUUUGAAUGGUGCCAGUAAUUGGCUGGCCAAUCAGUCUCGCCCUGAUUUAGCAGUUCAGGUUAGCAUGUCUCAGCAGGCCUUUCCGCACCCUAAAGUAAGCGACCUCUUGUAUGCCAAUCAGUUGGUCCACAGAGCCCGACAGUUUCAAGAAGUUGAGAUCAAGGUGCGGCCGGUAGAUCUCGAUCGCGUCUGCAUCUGUAUGCACAGUGAUGCGGCCUGGAGUAAUGCUAAGGAGGACCGCACGCAAGCGGGUUACUUUCUUGCCUUCUCUGACAAGACCCUGUUGGAGAAUAAGUCAGCUUGUUGGAGUCCCUUCCACUGGCGUUCAUAUAGGCUGCAUAGGGUGGUUCCUUCCACCCUUGGGGGUGAAGCACAGGCCUUCUCCACUGCCUCCGCUACUGCUGAGUGGACAGCGCUACUGCUGGCCGAGGCAAGGAGUGGACCCUUUGACCUCCGACAGCGCCAUCAUCAGCUGAGACAAGUCCCAAUUGUAGGGAUCACCGACUGUAAGUCUCUCUACGACCAUCUUCACUCGUUGUCUUCGCUUUCCGGGGUUCAAGAUAAACGGGUUUGCAUUGACAUCGCAGUUACCAAGCAAAGCAUUCAGAAUCGUGGGUUGGUUGUUCGGUGGUGUCCCUCAGAGCUGAUGGUGUGUGACGCUCUCACAAAGGAUAAGGCCGAUCCGGCAGACCUCCUUCGGGCUAUCCUUGAGCUCGGUACUUACGAACUCACCGAAGAAGCUCAAGUGCUCAAGACUAAAAAGCAAGUCCGAGAGCGUAUCAAG